GUGUAAAAUGGCACCCAUGGAGCUCCACCUCUUGACUCAUCCCAAUGGACAUAUACCAUUGCUCAAUGGGUUGACGGUGAGGCUUGGGGGGUAGACAUUAGCUAAGCAGCACUGUGGUAGGGACUUUGGGGAAAGGCUGACGAGAGAGAAGGUAACCAGUUGACUACAGACAUGCAGACGUGGCUGACUACAGACAUGCACACUCUGUACCAGCACACGAGAACAGUUGAACGGACAUCAUGGAGCAGUCCUUGGCACCUGGCUUGUUUACUGGGCAUAGUCAGCUUCCUGGGGUCGGUCACACCCCUCCAUGUGGCUCCUGUGACGAUGGGCCUCCGCUCCUCCUUCUCGGCCACACGGACCAAUAGCAUCCUAGGAGGCACCCAGAAGGCUGUGACCUUCAACAGGCUCCUGGUCAACGCAGGAAGUGACUUCAACCCAGAUACUGGCCACUUCCGCUGCAGAAUCCCUGGGGCUUAUUACUUCUCUUUCACAGUGGGGAAAUAUCCCGAGAAGAUGCUAUCUGUCAUACUGGUGAAGAAUGGGCAGGAGGUGCAGGCUAUGGCCUACGAUGACUACAAAAAGAAAGGGCGGAAGGUCCAGAGUCAAAGUGUCAUGAUCAGCCUGAGGUCCAUGGACACAGUGUGGCUGAUGCUGCAGGACAGUCCUCAGCAUGCUCUCUACAGCACCGCUGGGCCUUACAUUACCUUCACCGGUUACCUGGUGUACCCUGACAUCCCCGCACCUGCCUAUCUCAACAACCACCUAUCCCUGCCAGGGCAGCUUUACCCCUACCCCAACCCCAACUGCCUUCCUCCUGGAGACCACAGGCAUGGUUUGAGCGGUAGUGCUAAGGCCCCUGAAGAGCCUCGCUCUGCCUUUUCCGUGGCCAGGACAUCCCCGGUCCUGGGGGAGAAUGGUGGCGGGCACCAAGAGAAGGAGCCUCUGACCUUCGACGUGGAGUACGUCAACAUCGGAGCACACUUCAACAAGACGUCGGGCCGCUUCACCUGCCGCUACCCUGGGGCCUACUACUUUGCCUUCACUGUGGGGAAGCAUCCGCACAGGGCAGUGUCAGUCAAGCUGAUGACGGGCCAUGGCGAGGUGCAGGCCAUGGUGUUCGACGAGGACAUGUCCAGAAGGAGGGAGAUGCAGAGCCAGAGUCUGCUGCUGCCACUGCGUAGAGGGGACACUGUGUGGCUCUACAGCCAGCAGGAUGAGCGCUAUGCCGUCUACAGCAACCAGGGACGCUACACCACCUUCUCAGGCUUCCUGGUCUACCCAGACGCUGAGCCCACCACCACAGCCAGCCAGGACUAGGACUAGGACAGAACUCAAGUCUGAGGUCUCUGAGUUCUUCAAAACACACUGGACCCUCCUUCAAAUGUACAUGGUGCUAUGGUUACAAAACCAAAGUUGAGAAAGUGUGAAUGCUUUAUAGGCUUUGUGUAGAACCACUGCAGUCACUUUCUGGGUGUGGAUUGAACAACAGCAGCAGCUAUCGCUGAAAAAUGGGGCAAAGAUGUACAUAUCUUAUACACAGAUACACAUUUGUUUGUUCUUCUAUUGAUUAAAUAGCCAUUUUCUUUGAAGUAUUAUACCAUUCCACAAGAUGGUGUUGUGAGUCAUUUUUUGUUGUUGAUACAUCGACAAGCUUAUGACAUUAUCACACAUAAUCAUGUAAUGUUUCUUAUUAUAAGCACAUUUUCUGUAAAACGAUGGAAAAUGUUAUGUUUUGUGUUUGGCUGCGUUAAACCAAAGUUAUAGGCAAUAUGUUAGUAUAUGAUGCUGGACCAUCAGGAUUCCUUGGAUACCUCAUGAAUCUCAUUGACUUUUUUUUUCUCAUUCACCAAAGGCUGUGAGUUAUAAUAAGUAGAGCUUUCCUUUGUAAUCUUUAUAUAUACAGACUUUUGUAGUGACAGAAUUAUAUAUCCUUACUGAGCAGAUGUUUAUGCAAGUCUCAGAAUGACUCAUAAAACCCUUUAAUACUUUAACUUCUGUAGUGAUUGCACUGAGUAGAGACUACUGUGUAAAUAUUGUAUAGUUUGCCUGACUGACUGUAUGGAGUUAGAUAACCUGAAUGUGAUGUAGUUAUGAAUGUUUGAUGUAUUCUGGAUACAUAGUGAAAUAAUAUUGAUUAAAGGUCAAUUUACAAGAUUAUCAGGAACUCAACAUUCUCUACCAGUGUUAGCGAUUCUCAAGCCUUUCUCAAGUUUAUCUGAGAUUUCUUUCCUGAGCUCAAACAAAAACAUUGUUCAGAUUUGAUGUAAGAAUUCACAUGAGUUAUCGCUAUCCAUUUUGUAAAUAGCACAUCUGCAUGACAUAAAUAAUUGUCAAUACAGUAAUUCAGAGAUAAAUGCAGUAAGUACCACAGGUAGUAGGUAGUUAACAUAGCUUACUUCACAUUCAGAUAUGUGUUCAAAAGAGCGUAACAUUGCUGAUCCUGAGUAGUUGACUUCAUGUGCAGUUUGCUCAAUUUGAACAGGCACUCCUUGAAGCCUCAUAGACUUUAGCAAAGCACUUUCUAACUUUGCUUGACAUACAACAUGCAGGCAAUGUUUGUUCUGAAUUCAACAACCAGUAUUUACUCUGUCCUCCUCAUCUCAAGUGUGGACAUGAGGCUGCAAAAAUCUCCUGCCACUGGAGUCUAUCUUUGGCUGCAGCUUGCACCCUAUCCUAUGAGGGGCCCAAUGCUUCCAGCUCAGCCACCAUUAUCCGUCACCAACUAGCAGUGGAUUCUCCAAUAUCAGACACUCAUUUAAACCUCACACAGUCACUGCUACUGAGCCAUGCAACCGGAUUCUGAAUGCACAGAAACCUGACCCUGUUUGUACAGAAACCUGACACUGUUUGUCUCUUCUAUGAGCAUAAUCUGUGAAGCGUUGAGAGUUCGAGGAUAAAGACACACAACUACAUAUCAAGGAUGAUAUUGCUAUGAUAUGAUUUAUACAAUGGUUUUGAUGACUUUUCAAAGUCAACAAGAUGAUCCAAAAAAAGAUUGACUUACUUAUUACAUUUACCUGCUUCUCAUUGACUGAAUCCUGCUAUGAGUGUUUCACACGUCUUCUCAUUGACUGAAUCCUGCUAUGAGUGUUUCACACGUCUUCUCAUUGUCUUGGAUUCGGUGUCCACAAAUGCCACAAAAUGAAUCCGAGGGUAGAUCAAAUAAUAAUAAAAUAAAACAAAUUGUA